AUGGUCAAGGUGGCGGGAGGUGGAUUCUUGUCUACUUUGGGCCGUGCUAGAGGAGUCGAGAUCGAGAUUGCGGGGCAGUCAAUGCCAGCAGACUUAGUCAUCAGUCCGGUGGAGCUGUAUGAUGUUAUUCUCGGGAUGGACUGGUUGUCACACUACAGAGUUCAUCUGGAUUGCUACAGAGGUAGAGUGGUCUUCGAGCGAGAUGCAGGGAGGUUGGUUUAUCAGGGAGUGAGACCGACUUCCGGGAGUAUUGUGAUAUCUGCUAUUCAGGCCGAGCAGUUGUUAGAGCGGGGCUGUGAGGCGUAUCUGGCGACGAUUUCUAUGUCUGAGUCAGGAGCUGGAGUUGUUAUGGGAGAUAUUGAGGUUGUCCAGGAUUUUGAGGAUGUCUUUCAGUCACUGAAGGGAUUACCACCAUCUCGGUCUGAUCCUUUCACGAUUGAGUUAGAGCCGGGGACAGCACCGAUAUCGAAGACGCCUUACAGGAUGGCGCCAGCUGAGUUGGCAGAGCUGAAGAAGCAGAUAGAGGACCUUUUGUCUAAGGGGUUCAUUCGACCAAGUGUUUCACCGUGGGGAGCACCGGUGUUGUUUGUGAAGAAGAAGGAUGGCAGUUUCAGACUUUGUAUCGAUUACAGAGGUCUUAACCGAGUCACUGUGAAGAACAGGUACCCACUCCCGAGGAUUGAUGAGUUGUUGGAUCAGUUGAGGGGUGCUACUUGGUUCUCCAAGAUUGACUUGGCAUCGGGGUAUCAUCAGAUCCCGAUAGAUGAGGCAGAUGUCAGGAAGACUGCUUUCAGGACGCGUUAUGGGCAUUUUGAGUUUGUGGUUAUGCCUUUCGGUUUGACUAACGCGCCGGCAGCCUUCAUGAGAUUGAUGAACGACGUGUUCAGGGAGUAUUUGGACGUGUUUGUCAUCAUUUUCAUUGACGAUAUUCUGGUAUACUCGAGGAGUCAGGAGGAGCAUGCGACUCACUUGAGGUUGGUUCUGGAGAAGCUUCGGGAGCAGAAGCUUUUUGCUAAGUUGAGCAAGUGCAGUUUCUGGCAGCGAGAGAUGGGAUUUCUUGGCCACAUUGUUUCUGCAGAGGGAGUUUCUGUGGAUCCGGCUAAGAUUGAGGCUAUCAGAGAUUGGCCUAGACCUAGUAGUGCCACAGAGAUCAGGAGUUUUCUGGGUUUGGCAGGAUACUACAGGAGGUUCGUCAAGGGGUUUGCUACCAUGGCGCAGCCGAUGACGAAGUUGACUGGGAAGGAUGUCCCGUUUGUUUGGUCAGCUGAGUGUGAGGAGAGCUUUAGUCAGCUCAAGGAGAUGUUGACUACUACACCAGUGUUGGCGUUACCCGAGCCAGGGAAGCCUUACAUGGUGUAUACAGAUGCUUCAGGCAUUGGUCUUGGUUGUGUGCUGAUGCAGGAGGGCAGAGUGAUAGCAUAUGCUUCGAGACAGUGGCAGGGCAGUGAGCGUAACCGUCCUACACAUGACUUAGAGUUGGGAGCAGUGAUCUUCGCGUUGAAGAUUUGGAGGUCUUACUUGCUAGGUGAGACAGUACAGGUCUUCACGGAUCACAAGAGUUUGCAGCAUAUCUUCACUCAGCCGAUGAUGAACGCGAGACAGACGCGCUGGGUUGAGUUCUUGGCGGACUAUCAGGUGAGCAUUAACUACCAUCCGGGCAAGGCUAACCUAGUGGCGGACGCGUUGAGUAGACGGAGGUAUGAUUCCGCAGUUGAGCGAGAUGUGGAGUCUCUAGUUGGCGAGAUCAGUACCUUGCGUUUGUGUGCCAUUUCGCAGGAGCCUUUGGGUUUAGAGGCAGUGGAUCAGGCGGAUCUACUUAGCAGGAUCAGAGUUGCUCAGCAGAGUGAUCAGAGUUUGCUGGAUGCGACGAGAGUGACUGGUUCUGAGUAUGAGGUCUCUGCGAAUGGGACUAUCUUGGUUCGUGGGCGAGUUUGUGUGCCUAAGGAUGUGGAGUUGAGACAUCAGAUUUUGGGAGAGGCUCAUGCGAGCAAGUUUUCCAUUCAUCCAGGAGCGACCAAGAUGUACCAUGACCUCAAGAGGUACUAUCAUUGGGUCGGGAUGAAGAGGGAUGUAGCAGACUGGGUUGCGAAGUGCAACACUUGUGCCUUGGUGAAGGCAGAGCAUCAGGUUCCGGGUGGUCUUUUGCAGAGUUUACCCAUUCCAGAGUGGAAGUGGGACAGGAUUACGAUGGAUUUCGUGGUUGGACUACCUGUUUCGAGGACUUUCGAUGCUAUUGGGAAGUUUGUGCGAGAGAUUGUGAGGCUGCAUGGAGUGCCAGCUAGUAUUGUGUCAGACCGUGAUCCCAGAUUCACUUCAGAGUUUUGGAGGGCGUUUCAGGCAGAGAUGGGCACUAAGGUGCAUCUGAGUACAGCUUAUCAUCCGCAGACAGAUGGUCAGUCAGAGAGGACUAUUCAGACUUUGGAGGAUUUGCUGAGGAUGUGUGUGUUGGAUUGGGGUGGCCAUUGGGCAGAUCACCUGAGCUUAGUUGAGUUUGCAUGCUUUCAGGCGAGUAUUGGCAUGGCUCCAUUUGAGGCUUUGUAUGGGAGGCCAUGUAGGACACCCCUAUGCUGGACCCAAGUGGGGGAGCGCAGCAUGUAUGGAGCUACUUAUGUUCAGGAGACGACAGAGAAGGUUCGUGUUGUGAGGCUGAACAUGAAGGAGGCUCAGGAUAGGCAGAAGAGUUAUGCAGAUAGACGCAGACGAGAGCUUGAGUUUCAGGUUGGAGAUAGAGUUUAUCUCAAGAUGGCUAUGUUGAGGGGUCCUAACAGAUCCAUAGCAGAGAACAAGCUGAGUCCGCGUUUUAUGGGUCCGUUUCCAGUAGUGGAGCGAGUUGGGCCAUUGGCUUACAGGCUGGAGUUGCCUGAGAUUAUGAAAGCCUUUCACAAGGUUUUUCAUGUGUCGAUGCUGAGGAAGUGUCUUCACCCUACAGAGGAGUUAGUGGCUAGGAUUCCAGAGGAUCUUCAGCCAGAUUUGACAGUGCCGGCAGUGCCUGUGAGGAUUUUAGAGAGGAGGGAAAAGGUUCUGAGGAACAAGAGGAUUCCCUUACUGAGGAUUUUGUGGGAUUGCAGUGGUUCUACAGAGGAGACUUGGGAGCCAGAGGCAAAGAUGAAGUUGAAGUUCAGGAAGUGGUUCGACAAGCAGGUCGAGGAGUGA